UUUUGAAAAGUUAAGCCCUUUCAAGAAGCACAGAGGUGCCAUGAAGCGUUCUUCUUCCCCAGUUAGUUUAAGCAGUAGCAGGACGUCUCUCUCUUCAGUAGAGUCUAGAAGUGGUUCGUGGGUCAAGUAUCUACCCCCAGACGCCUCCUCUCCUCAAUGCGUACCAAACUUGAGCUGGAGUUGCUUGAGAAACUUUCUAUUCCCCGUAGAGGCUCUCUUCCUUCUAGGGAUGUUCGUGUAUUUUUAUUUUAGUAUAUCUUAUCGACAGUAUAUAUUUCAGCACAUUGCCCGUGACAGUACUGAUAGGAUUAAUGAAACUGAAACUUCUAUUUGUCUCAAUCAGACUUACAUCACUGAUUUGACUAAUUCAACAACAUUUGUUGCCAUCCAAUCUCAUGUUAAUCUCAUCAGCAUGGAGACCGAGAUAAUAUAUUUAGUGCUUUCCGGCAUUGUUUCUCUUCUAUUAGGAUCAGUAUCUGAUGUGGUCGGGAGGAAACCAGUUUUUGUAAUUGUAUUUGCUGGAAUGAUAUUAACAUCCAUCUCUCAGAUCUUCAUAGUUUAUUUUGAUGCCCCUCCACGCCUCUAUUUGAUUCCGGCUUUCCUUUUUGGUAUUUCUGGUGGUCAUGCUGCCCUCAUUGGUCUUGUUUUUGCUUCCGUCUCUGACAUGACUGCUUCAAAGAAAUGGCUCACAUUUCGAAUGGGUAUAGUGGAGGCUGCCCUCACGUUAGCACAAGGCACUAGUGCACCUGCUCUUAACGAGUGGAUACAGAACAGUGGGUGCAAUUUCCGUCCAACUGUCUGGCUAAUGCUCUCAAUCACUGUUCUUGCAAUGUUCUUCCUUAUUCCAUUUCCCGAGUCUAAGGCAAAGGAUCCCGCAGAUAAGGAUCAUUCCAAUUGGGACAGGUUUUCCAGGAUUUUUAGUGGAUUUAAAGUAUUCUUGCAACCAUCAAGUAUUGGAUAUAGCAAGUGGUGGAGGUUAUGCUGUGUACUUUGUGUUGUUGUACUGGAGAUUAUUACUCUCAUUGGACUGGAUCAAGUAUUAGAGUAUUUCCUUCACAAUGAGCCACUCCAAUGGGGCUAUACAAGAAUUGGAUACUAUAAAGCCAUUGCAGCUUUUUCCAGAGGUGCCUGUCUUCUUUUCCUUCUCCCGAUAUUAAUUAUAUUAAAGUUCUCCAACCUUGUCAUAUGUCUCAUUGCUUGCGUCUUUGCUGUAGUGACUAGCUGCAUGAUUGCAACAGUAAGGGCUAACUGGGAAAUGUAUGUUGCUGGAGUAUUUGGAGGGGUUUCUUUUAUCACUUUUCCUGCCAUACGCUCAAUUUUAACGGAAUUAGUUCCUUCGCAAAACUUAGGUGCAGUAUUUUCCAUCACAGCCUCUCUUCAGACAUUAAUAUCAAUUGGAUCAACAGUGCUUUAUAACGAGGUCUAUCAUCCACAGGCAAAUAUUAAAGGACACACUUAUCAUGCUGGCACUAUGUUUUGGAUUGCUGCUGGGUUUUGGGGAGCUACCAUUCCAAUACUACUGCUGCUCCUUCUAUGCAGACCUAGGAAAAGCCUCCGAAAUGCAGAAAAGAGAGGAUUAUUAGAAGAAAGUGAAAGAACGUCCGAUUACAGUUCAUUAGCAUAUUCAGUGAAUAAUGGUUGAUAUUAUUUUCAAAUUUUUAACUUUUGUGUGUUUUUGAUGUGGAAUUUUUACAAUAUAAAAGCACCACCCACUUGU